AUGUACUGGGAUGAGAAUAAAAACCAGUGCUUGCACUGUGCUGUUCGUUUCAAUAUAACAGCGGGUUAUGAAUUUGCUCCUAAUUGUGGACGGUCAGAUGAUGGGAGUCAGCAUGUUUCCCCAUAUAUAAAGUGCACAAGUGGUACAUUUAACAACGGCUCAUUUUUGGACUGUCAGAAGUGUUCUUCCAUGUGCCCAUCAGGGCGCUUACUUUCUGAAUGCACUGCAACUUCAGACAGACGUUGUUGUGCAGCUGAGCAACAUAUUCAAAAGUGCAGAGAAGAAUUCAGCCCUACUACUGCAUCACUGUUUACAACAAGUCAAGAAUACAUCCCUAAGUCAACUUUGAGCUACACAUCUCAGGCAAAGACAACUGUUCGAAGUUCAACCAACUCCAAUCCAUGGGUUGGCUUUGGUGCUGUUAUUUUCACCAUCCUGCUGUGUGUUGCUCUAUAUUUUUUAUUUCACAUUAUAAGGAAGAGGAAACACCAUAGCUGCAGAGGCAUGAAAAGACGAGUAAGUAGAAUAAGUGUGAAAACCCACGAACCUCUGGAAGAUAAACACUUACAUUUGAAAGAAAACAGUGUUGAAGAUCUAAGAAGUCUGUUGUCUGCUGAAAUCCAGACUGCUCCGCUUCAGACAGUGCUGAAUAAUCUAGAUGUGGUGGAAGAACUGAUUGUUCUUCUAGACCCAGAAACACCUGGAAUGAAGAAUACUCGACACCUCGCCGCCAGCUGUUCAUUGCCCUUUACAUGGAUCAACUACACGUAUUCAAUGAAGGAUAGCAGAAGUCCCCUUAUUGCUGUACUGGAAAAAGUAAUUGCCAAACACCCGUACUGGAAUGUGGGUCACUUGGUUGACUUACUGAGUAAAAUAGGGCGCAAUGAUGCAGUAGCUGUCCUGGCAAAACUCAGUGUAACUGCAGAAGAGGUGUAGUUCAGAUUAAAAAUAUCAAACCAUUAAGGGAACAUGUCAUCAUCCUUAAACAGACUCCUUCCAUCAGGACAAAAAUGUUCCAUUUC